AUGGGUCGUUUGCGGCCCUCAGCCUUCCGUGUCCAGGCCAUUAUGUUUCCCACAUGCCCAUUCUCAAGCCCAACUAUCCUGCUCAUCCUCAAGCUUGCGAAGGAGUCGAUUGACGAAAUGAGCGAGGUCAUUGUGUCUAAGAUCCCGGAGCAGUUCCAGGACUUUGCUAAGAGCUUCACUGUGCCCCGUUUUGAGAGCGUUGAUGAGGCUAUUAACACUUACAAGCUGUCUUAG